AGCUUAUUAACAAAGGAACAAAAACUUGAAACAUGCUCUGAGCAAACGGCUCCAUCUAUGUUAUUAGCACCAAGGAAAGAUCAGUAAACUCAAAGUCAUCUCAGCUGAGACCCACCAGAGAUAGAUCUUCCAUUAUCGACUAAACUAAGGGGUUUGGGGGAUCUGGGUGUUUGGGUUUUUUCUUGAAAGAUCAAGACUUUCAAGACAAACCCAUGAAAGAGGCGAAUCCAAGCGCUGAGCCCAUUGGGCAGAACCUGAUAAAACUGAUUAGCAAUCUGUGUUUCUCAGUGUUUGUGUUCUCAGUUCUCAUAUUUGCAGUAAUUGCCAUCACCUACCAACCCCCAGAUCCAUGGCUGGAGUCUGCUCCAGCCCUGACCAAGCUAUUCACCGAGUCUGAAAACGCCACCUUCAAAAAUGACAAUUCCAUCCUCAAAACUGGGGAAGAUUUGCUUUUGGCACCCGCUCGGGCGGUGUCGCCUGCAAACAACCCAAUCACUGAAGCGGUGAUCGAGCAAACCGAAGAGAAAAUCGCCAAUUCGACCCCGAAAUCGGAGUUGGGUUGCGAUGAAUUGGGGCAGGUGGUGAAUUGUUCGGACCCGCGGGUUGUGAUUGCGGUUGAGAAGUUCAAUUUGAGGGUUUUUAAAUCCAUUGUGUUCUUGGAAUAUCAGACCCCAGUUAAGGGGUCAAAAUCGAAUGAGUGUGAUGUGGCAUGGAGGUUUAGGAAUAAGAAGGAGAAAUCUUGGAGGAAGUACAGGGAUUUUAGGAGGUUUAAGAUUGGAAUUGAGGAGAAUUGUACGUAUAAAGUGGUGCAGGCGGGUGCAUGGCAUUCUGGUAUUAAUGCCCGGCGGCCCAGGAGUAGAAUCAGUAAUGCCACGAGGAGGGGCAGUGGGAAUAAUGCAAAGCUUGCCCCACCUGUCCGGGAUGAGGAGAUCAAUGACACAAUCCCAAGUUUGGGGUCAGCGAUGAAUUUCAACAAGGGGAGGUACUUGUACUAUUCACGCGGAGGGGAUUAUUGCAAGGGAAUGAAUCAUUACCUUUGGAGUUUCUUGUGUGGUUUAGGGGAAGCUAUGUAUUUGAAUAGGACCUUUGUGAUGGAUUUGAGUAUAUGCUUGGCAGCUCCUUAUAAUCCAAGUAAUAAAGAUGAGGAGGGAAAGGAUUUUCGGUAUUAUUUUGACUUUGAGCAUCUUAAGGAGGUGGCAUCGAUAGUGGAGGAGGGUGAGUUUUUGACAGGCUGGAAGAAAUGGAAUCGGAGCCAUAAGAGGAAGUUGCCUAUUAGGAAGGCCGUGAGCCAUAAGGUGACGCCAAUGCAACUCAAGAAAGACAAGAACACAAUUAUAUGGAGGCAGUUUGAUGCUCCGGAGCCAGAGAAUUAUUGGUAUAGGGUAUGUGAAGGGCAAGCUGCUAAGUACAUCCAGAGACCGUGGCACGCUCUGUGGAAAUCAAAGAGAUUGAUGAAUAUUGUUUCCGGGAUCAGCGGGAGAAUGGACUGGGAUUUUGAUGCGGUUCAUGUGGUUAGAGGGGAGAAAGCACAGAAUAAAGAGCUUUGGCCUCAUUUGGAUUCUGAUACAACCCCUGAUGCACUCGUUGCAAAGCUGAAAGGGAUGAUUCAACCUUGGAGGAAUCUGUAUGUAGCCACCAAUGAGCCAUUUUACAAUUACUUUGAUAAAUUGAGAUCUCAGUACAAGGUGCAUUUGCUUGAUGAUUACAAGGAGUUAUGGGGAAAUACAAGUGAGUGGUACAAUGAGACGACGGGUCUAAAUAAUGGACGACCGGUUGAGUUUGAUGGAUACAUGAGAGUUGCAGUGGAUACUGAGGUCCUUUACAGGGCAAAGACACGUGUGGAAACAUUCUAUAAUUUGACCAAAGAUUGCAAGGAUGGAAUUAAUACGUGUUGAUGAACAGGUCGAGCUAUCCCUUAAUGCUUUUUUACUUGAAUUGAUGUCUUUUACUUUUUAGAAUCAGUUUCAGAAUGAUACUUUCUGUCAAUUCUGGUUUCUUUUCUGUAUUUUUUUUUUUUUUUUGACAUGUCCGCACAAGAGGGGGGAGAGAGAGAUUCGAACUAGUGACCUCUGCUUUAUUAAGCGUGGUCCCAGCCGAUUGAUCUACCUCUUGGGGACUUCUUUUCUGUAUUUGAAUGUUCUUUUAUUGUAUUGAUGAUCUUUAUUUAUGACAA